AAUCGCUUCAGCAACUUGAGAUCCGAAACUGUCCCAAGCUCAAUGGUUGGUGGAGGACAAGGAAUGAGAACCAAGGAUCAACUGCUGAGCUGCCUUGGUUUCCUUGCCUUUCCAAGUUAAAAAUUAUCAAUUGCCCAAAGUUAACUUCCAUGCCGCUCUUUCCAUCUGUCGACCAAGAGUUGAGUUUGGAACAUACUAGUAUAAGGCCUUUGCGACAAACAUUGAAGAUGAAGAUUACCAAGUCUUGCGUGACAUCAGAAGCAUCAUCAUCAGGAAGCACUUGUUCAACUGCAUUUCCUCUGUCCAAUUUGAAGUGUCUGACUCUUGCUGCCGUUAAUGACGUUAAUGAUUUAGAAGCUCUGUCAGAGGAGUUUCUGCAAAAUCUCACUUUUCUUACGUGCUUAACAUUUAAAGAUUGCGAUAAAUUGGAAUUGCUGUUGCCGCAAAAGAUGAACUGCCUCACCUCUUUACAAGAAUUGUGGGUUGAAAAUUGCUCAAAUCUGAGGGCUUUGCUGGACUGGAUACCCCGUCUCACUUCCCUCCACACACUUACAAUUAGCAAGGACUCUGACUUACAGCACUUGCCAGAAGGGAUGCGUCGGCUUACCUCUCUACGUGAAUUAUGGGUUGUCGAAUGCUCUAAUCUGAGAUCUUUUCCGGAUUGGAUACUCGAUCUCACUUCCCUUACCACACUUAAAAUUUGGGAUUGCCGUAAAUUUCAGAGCUUGCCAGACGGGAUGAAUCGCCUUACCUCUUUGAAACAUUUGUCAAUUAAGGAAUGUCCCCAGUUCUUGGAUAGACAUGCAGAGGAGAUCAGAAUAUGGCCUGACCCUGCUUGUAUCCCGUCUAUUGAAAUUGAUGAGCUAUGGAUUCAAUGAUGAUGACGUAACCAUAUUUCUUUCACCUCUGUUUGUAGUUUUUGUUCUUGAUUUUUUGCAUAUCUUUAUCCUCAAUGCUUGCUUAUAAAAAUGGUUUUAUUUGUACUGGUUAUCUGUGAAUGUAGGCAAACAAAACUUACUAAGUAGUGGUUUGAGUGAUUGGGAGAAGUGCUGUAGCUGAGCUGGUUGGAAAACCUCUUUGCUUCUUUCAAAAUGAAUGUCAAUGGAUACAUCUUGGCCAUUCUUGGAGGUCUUUGAGUAGUGGCUUCAAUUCUAGUCUUCAGGCCUUUACUGAAUCAGUCCAAACUGUUAAGGGGACCUAAAUCCAGAGGUUCUUCCAUAAUAUAUAUGGAGAAGACUUGUGGAGGAUUCAAUUUUUGCUAGUCUUUAUAUCCUGGAAUUAUCAAAUGGCAAUGGUGGCUUAAUGACUCUGUCUAACGGUUUUGAUGCAGGUGGUUGUUUAUUUUCGUUGGGCUGAUGCAGCUUGCGGUAUUGAUUUUCAUUGCUAUGAUGCAGCUUGCCGUCCCUUGCUUUGUGUUGAAGUCUAUUAUGCUAUUAAUGAAACUCAACAUGAUUACUACAUUUGGUUUUGAUGCGGGUUGUUGUUUUGGUUGUUUAUUUUCACUGGGCUGAUGCAGCUUGCCGUAUUGAUUUUCAUUGCUAUGAUGCAGCUUGCCGUCCCUUGCUUUGUGUUGAUGCCUAUUAUGCAAUUAAUGAAACUCAACAUGAUUACUGCAUAUGGUUUUGAUGCAGAUGGUUGCCUUGGGAUUUAGGUUGCAGACCCAGGUGUAACUAUUUUCUACUUUGAUAGGAACUUUUGAUUUGAAGCGGUAUAUGUAAUUGACAGUCAUGUAGGUGUUGAUUUUGCUGCAGACAGAUCCACCUUCAGGCUGG